CACAAUCUCCCGCCGCUCUUCCAACCCGGUUUAUAAUGCCUUUACUCAAGGAAAGUCGUGCUGCUAACCAGCCAUUCCUAUUUGCUGCCUCAGCUUGACUCCCUCAACUCUAUGGCCUUGCAUGAAACGAGGCGAUCCGGCCCCCCUCAUCCUCGCCUCGUUGUCUCGCGGGCCAGACCACAUUUGAACUACAACGCCGUUAAUUUAGCACUCAGAUGUCGUAGUUGUACUAUACUCGUGCUACGGGUGUUGUACUGCCACCCUCCGGCUUACCUGUUUCUUAACUCUCCCAUCCCUCCUUCCCCCCCAAAUCCGUGUUAUUGUAGUCGUCACGAUAUUUACUAGUGAUUUAUCACUUUGUCCCCAUCUACGUACUCCACGCCCACUGUCAUCCGCGCUGACUCUUCUGUCGACGCGACUCCCGCACUCCCAAUCCCUUCGUGAAAACCACGGUCUUACAUCGCGUCUCCCCGUGCUCUACUCUCUUAUCUCCGGUUUCCGAGUCCCCAAAACCUCACGUCGCGUCGCAUACCAGCGCGCCAACUUCACAACCACCUAUCCCAAACCGCCGCGCGUACUCAUCACCACAGCCCAUCAUGCCUCCCGUCCUCCGCAAGCGCAAGGCCCCCGUCGAGCCUGCUCCAGCUCCACCAUCCAAGAAGAAGUCCCCAGCUGCAAAGCCAGCCGCCAAGGCCAAGGCUGUAGCUGUUCCUGAGGCCAAAGCCGCAGUCAGCAAGACCAACGGCGCCGCCGCCGCCGCCGCGCCAGCCAAGAAGGCUACCAAAGUCGCAGUCGGCGACUCUAUUACCCUCGCCGGCUUCGGAGGCGAAAUUGAGACGCAGGACGGCGAGAAGACCACUCUCCAGAAGCUAGUGGAGGAGAGUGAGAAGGGCGUCGUGCUGUUUACGUAUCCCCGCGCCAGCACGCCCGGCUGCACCACGCAAGUUUGCCUCUUCCGCGAUUCCUACGCGCCAUUCACCGCUGCAGGAUUCGCCAUCUACGGCCUCAGCAACGACAGCCCCAAGGCGAACACCACGUUCAAGACUAAGCAGAACUUGCCUUAUGAUCUCCUCUGCGACCCGAAGGCUACGCUGAUUGAGGCGAUUGGCCUUAAGAAAAGCCCUUCUGGCACUCAGCGCGGCUUGUUCGUUGUGGACAAGGAGGGGAAGGUGUUGGCUGCUGAGCCGGGCAGUCCUGCUGGUACCCAUGCUGCGGUGAAGAAGCUGUUGGGCGCUGAUUCAGUGGCUGCUAAGGAGGAAGAUGUUAAGGAGGAUGUUAAGGAGGAUGAGGCGGCGGCUGAUGUAGCUGAGGCGGCGGAGAAGGUGGACACCGAUGCCGCUGUUGCGGAGUCAGUUAAGGCUUGAGAUUACUAGUAAAUGGUAUGAAAGUAUGAGGAGGGGAUGUUUGGUACACGGAUCUUCUAUGUAUCCGCUGACAAUGGAUUAUGAUGGACAGGGUAGCGUUUGUGCACGGCUUGUGCGGUAACUUUGCUUGUAGCUUUAAAUAAACGGAAACAACUUGAUUUGUUAUGUAUUUGCUAUAUGGUGAUCUUGUGGAAGAUGGCCAAUGGCUAUGUUUGCGUAAUCGUACCAGGAU